GCAGUUGAUGAGAAUGGGCCCUCUGGUAGGCUGGGAGAAGCCGUGGGAGGAGUACGACGCAUGCGCAGACCUGGAAACCUUAGAUUUCCCAUCCUCGGUCUACCGUGGGUUUAGAGUCUCGCCGAAUGCUUCCGGCCCGAGGUCCUGCCACACCAAGCCAUGUCUUCUAGGAGCACCUGGGCUCUGCUCCGCCUCCCUCUACCACUGAUCAGGAUAUGCUCUGGGAAGUGGGGGCUCAGGCUUCAGGAGAAGCCAGCACUGCUCUUCCCAGGAAUGGCUGCCAGCACAGUACAGGUGGCAGGCAGGAAGGACUACCCUGCUCUGCUCCCCCUGAAUGAGAGUGAGCUCGAAGAACAGUUCGUGAAAGGACAUGGCCCAGGGGGCCAGGCCACCAACAAGACCAGCAAUUGUGUAGUGCUCAAACACGUGCCCUCCGGCAUUGUGGUCAAGUGCCACCAAACAAGAUCUGUGGAUCAAAACAGGAAGAUAGCUCGGAAAGUCCUCCAGGAGAAAGUGGAUGUUUUCUACAAUGGUGAAAACAGCCCCGUUCACAAAGAGAAGCUCGAGGCUGAGAGGAGAAAGCGAGAGAGGAAGAAAAGAGCAAAGGAGACUCUAGAAAAGAAAAAAUUAUUGAAAGAAUUACGGGAAGCAAGUCAAAACAUCACAGAGAAAAAGGCUGAUGCUGAUGGUAUACCAAGGGGCUUCCAGGAAUAGAGGUGGCAGUGCCUGGCUCCAGCAUUAUAACAUCUAAAGAGAACAUUCUAGAACUGGAAAAGGUGGCGUAUACCUGCAGCCUCAGCACUUGGGAGAGCUAAGGCAGGAGGAUUGCUGCAAGGUUCAGAACAACCUCACCUAUAUAGCUAGUUCUGUAGCGGCCUUUCCUAUAUGGUGAGACUGUCCCAAAUACGUAAUUAGAGGCUGCAGAGUUAGCUUAGCAGUUGAGAGAGCUUGCAGUUCUUGCAGAAGACUCAGGUCCUGUUCCCAGUAUUUCACAUGGGGUUGCUCCCAACCUACUGCCUGUAACUACAGCUCCAGGAGACCCAGUGCCACUGUCUGGCCUUCACAGGAAAAAAUACACUCUCAUACAUACAAAUCCCUUUUGGGGGGAGGGGGGGUUGAGACAGGGUUUCUCUGUAUAGCCCUGGCUGUCCUGGAACUCACUUUGUAGACCAGGCUGGCCUCGAACUCAGAAAUCCGCCUGCCUCUGCCUCCUGAGUGCUGGAAUUAAAGGCAUGCGCCACCACACCCAGCUCACACAAAUCCUCUUAAGAACCUUUUAAAAAUAUCAUCCUGAUGGACUUAACCAAGUUUUUAUCUGCAUGUUCACAUGCAUGGCAGAAAAGGGAAUCAGAUCCGAUUACAGAUGGUGUGAGCCACCAUGUAUUUGCUGUGAUUAAGAAGAGACCAGCAUCACUGAGGUGAAAUCUUCUGGAAAUUGUUUUCUGGGAGCACAAAGAAGCCGUGUUCCAGAGAUACCCAAGGUUGUACCUCAUGCUGCCGCUGGACUUGGUAAUGUGUAAGAGUCAUUUUUUUUUCCUUUUAAAAUUUUUAUUGAUUCUCUGUGAGUUUCACAUCAUGCACCCCAGUCCCACUCAUCUCCCUGUUCCCUCAUAUCCGCUCUCUACCCUUGCAAUCUCCCCCCAAAUAAAAAACAAACAACAAAUAAAAAGCAAAGCAUAGAAAACAUUUCAUCG